CUGUCUGCUUGUCGGUUCGGUCUGUGCAAAAGUUCGUUUCGCGGAAAAUACUUCGAUCAGCAGUGCGUCCGUUUUUCCACGGGAUUCGUUUGGUACUCUCCAGCGAAAUCUAGUACCGGUGAACAGCACGAGAACUGUCUUGUCGCGGUCAUAAUGUCGUUCCUUGCUCGUAAUGUGACCAGGAGCCUGGUGCAGGCUUCCUGCCGUGGAAUCCAUUCCACUGGAACCGUCCAGACACCGAAUAAGUCGAACAAGGAGGGUCGUAUUACUUGCACAAUGAUCCCCGGUGAUGGUGUAGGUCCCGAGUUGAUGUACUCCGUGCAAGAGGUCUUCAAAGCAGCUGACGUUCCGGUUGACUUUGAGACGUUUUUCCUAUCGGAGGUUAACCCUGUACUGAGCUCUCCAUUGGAGGACGUUGUGCGGUCUAUUCGGAAAAAUAAGGUUUGCCUCAAGGGUAUCCUAGCGACUCCCGAUUUUAGCCGUACCGGUGAACUGGAAACGAUGAACAUGAAACUCCGUAACGAGCUAGACCUGUAUGCGAACGUUGUACACGUGGUUAGUUUGGAGGGAGUCAAUACCCGCCACACGGGCAUCGACACGGUCGUCAUCCGUGAGCAGACUGAAGGCGAAUUUUCUGCCCUCGAGCACGAAGCCAUUCCCGGGGUGAUUGAAUGUUUGAAGAUUAUCACCGCUCAGAAGUCGGCUCGCAUUGCCAAGUUUGCCUUCGACUAUGCCACCAAGCACAACCGCAAGAAGGUUACUUGUGUCCACAAGGCUAACAUCAUGAAGCUGGGCGACGGUCUGUUCAUGAGGAAGUGUGAAGAGAUUGCCAAGCUGUAUCCACGAACGCAGUUCGAGAAAAUGAUCGUUGACAAUACUACUAUGCAGUUGGUGAGCAAUCCGAAUCAAUUCGAUGUCAUGGUUGCACCAAAUCUGUACGGUAACAUUAUCGACAAUAUUGCCUCUGGAUUGGUCGGCGGUGCCGGUGUCGUUGCUGGAGCAUCGUACUCCUCCGAGCAUGCCGUCUUUGAGCCGGGUGCACGUCACACCUUCGCCGAGGGUGUAGGCAAGAACAUUGCCAACCCCACUGCCAUCCUGCUGUGCUCAUCCAAGAUGUUACGCCAUGUCAACCUAUUGCACUACAGCCAGAUGAUUUUCCAGGCCGUGCAGAACGUACUUAAGGCGGGCAAAGUCCGCACCAAGGAUCUGGGCGGUCAGUCAACCACCGAUGAGUUUACCAAAGCCGUAAUUCACAACCUGCAAUAAAAGUGCAAAUAAUAUGGCCAUCUAGCUGCGUUUAGAGUAAGACACCCCACCACGCAUCUGUAUUAAACACUGGCACCGUACUAAGUGCGAGAGAAACCCUUACUCUGUACGUUUCAAUUAGCUUCCGCGAUUAAUUUUAGAUAAAUCCUUCCUUCGCAUGAAGUUCGUUAAUUUAAUUGAAAA